UACUGUCUCUUUCUGUAGUUCGUUUUUAUCAAUGAUGAAGACAAGGUAGCUUUUCUGUAAUAUACGUCCUGUGUUUGUUUUUUUGUGUAUAGAUAGACAAUACAAAAAUAUAACAACUUUUUUUUAUAAUAAAACCAAAUAGACUGGAUAUCUAGCUCGAUGUGAUAAAUAUCUCAGAGAGCUUUUUAAGUUUUAAGCCUAUAAUAGCACUCGUAUACAGUAAUUUCUACUUCCUGCUGGAAAUGUUAUUUCUGAGAAGAUUUCUAAUAACCAUAUUACGAAGCUAGCUGCAACGCGUAAUUUACAAUGGACUCUGGUACUGAUUGGUUAUGUGAGAUUCUGCAAAAUGUGCAGCUUGAGCAGUUCUAUAUACCGAUCAGAGACCAGCUACAGAUAACAAGAUUGGCGCAUUUUGACUAUGUACAUGCAGAAGACCUUGAAAAAAUUGGCAUCAGCAAACCUGGCAUUCGAAGACUGCUUGAUGCUGUCAGAAAAAAGAAGUUACAAUUGUGGAAUAGGAAAUUUUGGAAUAAAUUAUUUGGAUCAGGUUCCAUCACAAGAGAGAAGACUGAUAUAGCAAUCAAACCUCAAAUACAAACUGAAGCUCGUACAACAUGUAUUAUAUUGGAGAAAGAUAUUGUGUUACACAAUGAAUUAGGUAAUGGAUCAUUCGGAGUUGUAAAACGAGGAGAAUGGAGAAUGACAGAUCCAUCAAAUCAAAUGGUGCCAGUUGCUGUUAAAGUAUUAAAGGCUGAUGCAUUCUCUCAGCCGGGAAUUUAUGAUGACUUUAGAAGAGAAGUUGAGGCUAUGCAUAGCUUAAAACAUCCUAAUUUAAUCAAAUUACAUGGUGUUGUUUUUCAUCCACUGAUGAUGGUGUGCGAACUAGCCCCUAUGGGUGCUUUAUUAGAUUACAUAAGAGCUCAAGAUGGUAAAGUGUCUUUGAACUACAUAUCAAAGUGGUCUGUUCAAGUAGCAGCUGGAAUGGCACAUUUGGAGAAAAAUAGAUUUUUGCACAGAGAUUUAGCUUGCCGGAAUAUAUUGUUAUCUAAUUUAGAUUUGGUUAAAAUUGGUGAUUUUGGUCUAAUGCGUGCUCUGCCGGAUGCUGAUGAUUGUUAUGUGAUGAGUGAACGCCGUCGUGUACCAUUCCCCUGGUGUGCUCCUGAGUCUUUACGUUCUAGGCAAUUUUCUCAUGCAUCUGAUGUUUGGAUGUUUGCUGUUGCACUGUGGGAGAUGUAUACUUUUGGAGAAGAUCCUUGGAUGGGAUUAAACGGUUCAGAGAUCCUUCGCCUCAUAAUGCGUGAAGGUCAACGUUUAUCAGCUCCUAAUGCUUGCCCGCCUGAUAUUUACAUGCUGAUGAUGCAGUGCUGGGACCUCAAUCCCAAGGAACGUCCGACCUUUGUUGGUAUACAGCGGUACAUGGAGACAAAUAAGUUUGAAACAGCAAUUGCUAGUCUUAGUUAUAGAAAACAUGGACAGAUGACAAUAGAAGCGGGCGACGCUAUAGUACUCAUAGACAAGAGGCCUGAACUGCACUGGUGGAAGGGACAGAACCAGAGCAGUCUCGAAGUCGGAUUAUUUCCCAGUACAUUAGUGACGGCUGUUAAAAGCAAGAACGUUCAAAGCGCUAAGAAAGCUCCGGCGCUGUCACCGGUUCGAAAAGCGGCGCCGGGCGGCGCGACGGGGGGCGCAGAGGGCGCGGCGCGGCGGCGGCGCACGGCGGAGGCGGCGCAGGCGGCCAGCACGCGCGCGCCGCACGCGCACAGCAGGCACGUCACCUACAACAAGCUCGUCAACGACCGCUCCGACGCGCCCGCCGCGCGCCAGCUGCGCGACCACUACUCCAAGAGCCUGAAUCACGUGAAAGAAGAGCUACUCAUCGACUUGGAUUUGCCUCCAAUGACUAAUAGAACUACACCAACCAAGAAGCAAGCUAAUCCCAAUAAUAUCUCUAUUUUGGAUGAACCGAUUGAUGUACCAGAAAUUGGACAAGAAUUAGAUUGGGGACAACAAAGCAUAGAAAGCCUACCAACAUAUUGCACAGAAUCUCAGGCCGUGACGUCACAACCGAAUUUGUAUGGUGCUAAAUCUCUAGACGGGCUCAACGUGACGACUACUCAAGCUUAUACAUCCCAGACAGAUCCAUUCGACACUUCAUUCUGGCCGACGAAUAACCCUGAAUCUCCUAGAACUAAACCCACCUACGAAUUACAAGUAGACGAUACCCUUAAUAGAUACAGUCAAUCUCAAACGUACUCGAAUUAUGCAUCAACAAGUGCAGAUGGAAACGUAUACAAUAACAUGACCCCAGCCAUGAAUAAUCUCACGAGCCAAGCUACAUCAUAUGGCACGUUAGCAAACGCCAAUUCAACCACGAACGCUCUCUCAAAGAGGAAUAAAGACGAAUCAGAAAUGACCCUAACGAAUGAAAACGUGAAAUCGUUAGCUGAAAUGUCGCUGGACGACAGGAUAUCAGAAUCGUUGAAUCUCAGAUCGAAAAAUACAAAUGAAAAUGUUUAUGCGAAUAGCAGCACGUAUGGUAAUGUUGCCUCCACAUCGAACUUCGGUAACACGAAUAACGAAAGGUACAACGACAUACCGAUUUACAGUAACUUCGAGAUUAAUCCGACACAGCAGCAGUUUAUUUUGGAGACCAAGGAUUAUUACACGAAAUUCUCGACACCGUCUGGGAGUCAGACGAACAAUGACUACGAGAAGAACAUUUAUGUGCCGAAAUACGAAGAGGAAGGCGAGAAGUUAAUGAACUUCAGCGACUCCCUCGAGAACUCUAAGAACUACAGUGCUCUGAAGUACCAGAAUGUUGAUUAUGGGCAAUACGGCUACUCGGCCUACGGCGCCUCCACGUCCCGGAAUGUAUUGUACGAUGAAGUGAACGAUACUGCCAGUAAUAUAUACAGUGAGAUCGGGGAGACCCCCGAUGUGUAUGCGAGUGCAAAUUAUACGAAUACUUGUAUAUAUGAUGAAGUGUAUGAGCCCAUACCGAGGCCCCAUCGUCCGGCGCCUCCUUGCCCGUAUCAACCCAAGUAGGUUUUAUAGAUUUGUAAAAUUUAGUAUUAUCUCCCUUAACUGUCUAAAUUAUUAUAAGUCAUAUAAGUUGAAAUUAAAAAACUGCAAAGUCAGUACCAUAGUGAAAUUUAACAUAAAUAAAUUAUUAUUUUAUAUAGCAUAAUGAUUGUCAAAUUAACAGUUUGUUUUGAAAAUUGUAUAUUUAGGUUUAAUAUUGGACAUGAAACUACUGACCAGACUGAAUUUAUAUAGAAGAAUUGAUGAUAAUUAUACUUUUGGUUUAUUAUUAGUUGUGAUAUAUAUAUUUUAAAUUAUGAACAUAUUAAAGGUUUUGUAUAAAAGCGACAAGUCGUUAUGGAUUUAUCUGG